AUGUGUGCGGAGAAACCGAAAAACUGGGACAGAUUCCUCGGUCCGUUCCUGUUCGCGUACAGAGAAGUUCCCCAGGCAAGUCUCGGCUUUUCACCGUUCGAGCUACUGUACGGCCGACAUGUCCGGGGACCCCUGGCGAUCUUAAAAGAAGUCUGGACGAACCAAGAGCUGGACGAUGAGCUGAAGACAACCUACCAGUACGUAUUGGAUCUCCGAAAUCGUCUAGAAGAGACGUGCCGCCUAGCUCACGAAGAACUCCGAAGGGCGGGAGCACGCUACGCUAAGCACUACAAUCGAAAAUCAAGAGAUAGAGUAUUCCAACCAGGAGAUAAGGCUCUCAUCCUGCUCCCUACUGACAAAAAUAAACUGUUGCUGCAUUGGAAGGGGCCCUUAGAAGUGCAGGCGACAAUUGGGGACUUCGAUUACUCCAUAAAGACGCCGAGCGGGCCGAAAAUUUUCCAUGCCAAUUUGCUGAAGAAGUAUGCGGAGCGGGAAACGAACCAAGAUGCGCCGCAUCAAUGCCAAGUCAUCGUAGGGGUUAUUGACAAUGGAGAUGAACAGGAACUACCGGUGCCGGAAUUCGUGCAGACAGAAGGAAUUACUGAUGUCAAGAUCUGCCCAAGUUUGACGGACCAACAAAAAGAGGAGUUGGAGAAAACCCUGACAGCGCACUCUGAAAUAUUUUCGAAUGUCCCGGGCAAGACAGAUUGGGUGGAGUGUCACCUCGAGACAGUGACGGAGUCCCCAGUCCACGUCAAACCGUACCCGUUACCUUUUGCUACGACUAAAGACAUCGAGACCGAGGUACAGCAAAUGAAAACACUGGGCAUAAUUGAAGUCUCAAAAUCGCCCUAUAAUUCCCCCGUGUUGCUUGUGGACAAACCGGACAAAACCAAGCGGUUUGUAGGCAAUUUCCGGCGCCUAAACAACCUCAUAAUAGCAGAUGCCGAGCCCAUGCCUAGAGCAGAUGCCGUUUUUGCCAGUGCCACAAACAAAAAAUACUUCGCUAAGUUAGAUUUUGCUAAGGGCUACUGGCAAAUCCCACUCUCCCAGCAGUCGAAACCUAAGACUGCGUUUUCGACAAAAUCCGGCCUCUACCAGUUCUGCUACAUGCCUUUCGGGAUCAAAACGGCACCCGCCGUAUUCGCCCGGCUGAUGCGACUAGUCACUGAGGGAAUCCCGGGCAUUGAACAUUACUAUGACGACGUACUCAUAACAAGCACGACCUGGGAGGAACACCUAUCCACUCUCAAACAACUCUUCGCUCGAAUUCAGGCUGCCGGGUUGACCGUGAGACCGAGCAAGUGUGAGUUGGGAGUGAAUGAGAUUGAUUUCCUUGGUCAUCACAUUCGACAAAACAUGCUUGCUCCACUGGGAAAGACUCUCGACAAAAUCCAAGCUGCAACAGCCCCAAAGACGAAGCGACAGGUACGCGCUUUUCUCGGGUUGACCAGCUAUUAUCGGGAGUUCAUUCCAAAUUAUGCCGAGAUCAGCGCCCCUCUCACAGAACUGAUCAAGAAGGGUGAAAGCAACUUAGUAAAAUGGACGACGACACACGAGAAAGCAUUCGCGAAACUCAAGGAAUGCAUCUCGAGCCCUCCCGUGCUCCGCCUUCCAGACUUAACCAAGGAAUUCAUCCUCCGCACCGACGCUUCCGACACCAGCCUCGGGGCUGUGCUCUUGCAGUCACACGAAGGGACCCUGCAUCCUAUAGCAUACGCCAGUCGCAAACUACUUCCCCGGGAAUCAUCCUACAGCACCAUCGAAAGAGAAUGUCUAGCCCUGUUCGCCGUGGUCGCGGCCGGUGCAUCGACAUUUGGCCUUCCGGACGACUUUCUGCCCUUGGGAGGAAUUUCCGAAACCGUGCCUGCCAUGGAUCAGCGCCUGUUGCAAAUAACUUGCGUGAACCUGUCCGAGCCCAUGGAACACCCCCUGGAAUAUCACCGAUGCGCAGCCGCGACGACAACAUCAUCAAGUUCGGAAACGAUAUUACCGAGCAUCCAGCAGUAUCUCUUCUGUGGGCACGGAGGCACGAUGGAGGAAACAAUGAAAGGCUUACGCAUCAGUCUUUUCCCUCUGCAGGUUGGUUGCUUUUCCAAAUUACCAUCUGGCAACUUCAGAUCAGAUGAUCCUUUCCUUGUCGUGCUUCCGGGCCCUGAAGCAGUUCGCGAGUGUGCAUUGCAUCUUCGAUGCCUCCUGCUCCUGGGAGGUGACAUUGAAAGAAAUCCUGGUCCUAUGACUAAAACCCAGGAAGAGAAGCUUAACUAA